AGCCCCCUCCAUCAUUCCCACCAUUUCCCAGCCCCUCCUUCUCCCUGUGUUUCAGAUUCGUCUAACCCCCUUCUCUCGGCUCCUCCUAUUUCUCCCAGCCUCCCCUGUACCAGGCUGCAGUUGGAUGGAGAGUCCCCAUAUCAGCUACCGUUUCACCCCCGCUACUACCUAAAUGCACUGAUCCGCAGCGCCUUGGCAUCGGCGCGGCCAGAUCCAUUAGCUACCGGGGAGGGGGGUUGCUGGCACUGCAGCCACAUUAGAGAGGGACUGGCUGAGCCGGAGGAUCUACACCUUGCAGUUGCACACGGAUUGUCAGCAGCUUGGGAUCCUGAUGUGACCGCGGGAUUCUACCCCCCGAGACCGCGCGGGGACCAUGGCACUGUUUGGGCACAGCCUACUGAGGACAUGACGGCAGCGCGGGUGUAAAGACCCAGCGGAGGUUUCUCUUUGCUUCUCCCCCUCCUCCCUCAGGGUCUGAUGAGGAUGGAAGGGGACCCUGAUUUGACUGCCUGGUGGGAGAUGAGGGGCAGAGUGGGAGCUGGGGAUCGAGAGGGAGCUGGGGAUAGAGUGGGAGCUGGGGAUCGAGAGGGAGCUGGGGAUAGAGUGGGUCAGGAGUACAUUGAGAUGAUGGGAAAGGAAGGAAAGCAGCCCGGGCUGGUGGAACAGGAUGAACAAGGCGGCAGAAUCCCGGCAGCACCGCACCCUGUGCUUCUCUCCCAGUUCGGCCAAUCCGUAAAGGCACCGGUGGGACAUGUAGGCCCUGGGCACUACCAGCCGGCUUGUGCCAAUGACAUGUGGGCGGAGGAUGGGCAGAGCCUUUGUACCUACCCUGCAGCCCCCCAGCUUACCCUGCCAGACAUUUAUUUGACUCCUAUAAUUAGUGCCCCCUCUUUGCCCCAUUCAGAGAAUUCCUGUGACCCCAUUGGCCACCAGAUGCCAUCGCUGCACAGCUGCCCACAGCAUGUCCUUAGUCUCUUCUCCCAGACAAGUCUAAAUGACUUGGCACCAGAAGAACUAUUGCCCCCAUUUCAGUCUGCCUCCCCCAAUAACAUGGAAUCUGUGCCCCAGUCUAAUGGGAUACCAGCCCCCCAGUCAGAUCCAAGUUCCCUCAUUCACCAGCUGGCGCUUAUUAUACCCAAAGAGAGUGAUCUUGUGCCCCUAACCUCUGACAUUCUGCCCACCCCCCGAUCCAGUUCCCUAGAAUAUGACCAGUUGCCCCUUCUAGAAUCCUCAGCUCUUAAUAAUGACUUGUCGCCCACCCACGGAUCUUGUUUUUCCCUGGAGUCUGAGCCGGAGUCUGAUUUCCCCCCCAUCCCAGGAUCCUAUUUUUUUAAGACGCCUGACCAGUUGCCCCAAUCUGAGACAUGUCUGAAAACCGAAACGUUACAUAUGUCACCCUUGGAUACAAGAAUUUUUCAGCCUCCUCUGUCUAAAUCCCCUGAAACUGACCACCUGUCAUGGACUAAUUCUUGUUUGCCCCCAGAUGCUGACCAGAUAUUUUCAGAUGAACCCUCCCAUCUACAAAGCGACCAGUUUUCCCUUUCUGAAAUGUGCUUGGCCUCUCCACACGAUCAGCUUCCCGAAUCCGUUUUGACCCCGUUGUCCCCGUCUGUAUCCAGCUUGGUGACUGAAAGUGUUUAUAUGCCCCGGUCUGAAACCUGUUUGGCUCCUGAAAAUGGUCAGGUCGUUACAACAAGUUCCCUUUUACCUUACGAGCCUGACCAAUCGCUUUCAUCCAAAUCUUGUUUACCGCCAGAAAUGAAUCAGUGGCCGCCAUGUGGCCCCCCUCAAGAUGGCAACCAAGUGAACUUACCUGCUACCUGUUUACAGUACAAGCAAUCUCUUUUACCUUGGGACUGGACUCCACACCAAGACCAACAUUAUGAUAAUGGUUUAGAUUUGGGGUCUGGAAACUUAAGGCCAUUUCCUCAAGAAUCUGAUGAUCUGCCCUUUAAUGAUGCAGGAAAUCAGUUUGCAAUAUUCCGAUUGGAUACUCCUCCUCAAGCUGAUCAAGUGGCUGAAUCUGACCAUCCAACCAUAUCUGAAGGUCUGCUAUCUCUGUCUGAUGCUUUUGCACAAUUGGAGGUGCCCCAUCCCCAAAAGGAAAGCGAGCAUUCCAGUGACCCCUAUGACCCAUUCCCCUUUAUGAUGAGGGAUCCUUCAUCUAGUAAGGAAGAGUUGGUCCAUAUUGAGAAAGAAUCCCACUCAACUGAGCUUGUUCUUGAUGCAUGUGAUCAGAUCCCUUGUACUCUCCCAGGCUUUGGAGAUGACCACAUGUCCCUUAUAAGGGGAAAGGAUGAAUUGACUAAAGAUAAAUGGAGGCAGCCGGCCCCUAGCAACGUUGAAGGCCUAUUUCUUCAACAUUCGAGUGGUAAACAUUCUGAACAUGACCAUGGACUUCAUAAUGGUUGGAGUGACCAAUCACAGUUCUAUUAUCUGGACUUGUUAUUUGAUACUGAUAAUUUGCCGGGUGAAGAUGAUUGUUGCCCCCUUAGUCGCACACAUAUAUCCCCUCCUUCUUUUGACCUUGUCCACGAUGACUUGUUGCCUUUAAGCAAUUCCAUUGGACAUACAAAUAAUUCAGAAGUCCAGUGUUCCUCAGACUCUUAUAUUGAGACCAAACCCCCUCUUUCAGUUGAGACAUCACCCGAAAAAACACCCCCCUUAGCUAUACCUAAUGAGCAAGAGCUUAAAACUUUGGACAUUAAAGGCAAUAUUUUGGACCAGUCUACUGUUGGCUCAUCCAUUGAAAUAGAAGGUUCUCUAGAAGAAUUUCCCGGGGAAUCUAACAAGCUGCCUUUGAUUAUUGUAACUGAUCCCUUGCCUCUUGCUGAACAGGCCCCAUCUCAUAAAAAGGACCAGUUAAGAAGUUUCCCAGAGGCCUUACCCAAUGAAUCCUUUGAGUUGCCCCAUUGUCAAAAAGACACACCCCUAGAAUCGUCUCAGGUUCCUCUUUGCAGCGAAGCAAUAGGACAAUUACUGCUGGCUCGGUCAGACACCCCACCUGAAAGUAUCCAGUUGCCUCUGUUGGAAGCCUCCUCCUCAGAUUUACAGGACACAACAUGUCAAAUGCCUCUGUCUGAGACAGAUGGGCCCUCCAAGGAUACUCAGUUGCCCCUGUCUAGUCCCAGUCUUCAGUUGCCCCUGUCCCCUUCGGAGUCACCCCUAGAAAAUGUCCACUUACCACCUUGUGAUGACAUGGGCACACACCUACCCCCGGCUAACCCCCAGGAGCCAGCCUCUGCCCCCACCCAGGGCAGUGAUACAAUUUUGGGAUUAGCUCUGGAAACAGAACCUUCAGGCCUUGGAGAUGAGCUGGCCCGUCUCCGUGCUGUGUUUGAUGCUCUGGACAGGGAUAAAGAUGGCUUUGUGAAGAUGGAGGAUUUUGUGCAGUUUGCUACUGUCUAUGGAGCAGAACAGGUGAAACACCUAACUGGUUACCUGGACCCAGCUGGGCUGGGGGUAAUUAACUUCCGAGAUUUCUAUCGAGGCAUCUCAGAGAUCCAGAAUGAAGAUUUGGACAUGCAGCUGUAUGACAUGGGAUAUCCCUCGGAGGAAGAGCCGGCUUGUUUGGUGGAUUUUGAUGAUCUUGCGGCAUUUGAGGUGACCGAGGUGACAGACAGCGCCUACGUGGGCUCAGAGAGUGCUUACAGCGAGUGUGAGACAUUCACGGAUGAGGACACUGGAGUGCUAGCUCCACAUGAAGAUCCUGAAACAGAGGGAGUUGGAGGGGUAUCGAGGUUACCCCCACCUGCAACGCCAGAGGGUUUGGAGCUGUCUCUGUGUGACAUUUCGGCUGUCACAGUAACGAGCCAAGAGGAGCAGUUUGAGGAUUUUGGGGAAGGAGCUGAACCGGACCUGUUCAGUAAUCACUGCGAUGAAGAAGAGAAUAACUUCACCCCAGCACCUAAUGUCACCCAACGGCUUUCACCUAGUGGCGCUUCCCUGUCGGAACGACAGCUCCUGGCGCCUCCUUCAUGCUCCUCUCUGGGUGGCUUAUACUGCAGCCAAUGCCACAAACAUGUCAACCGCCUGGAAGACCUGUCCACCCGCCUCCGCUACCUGGAAAUGGACAGCCCAGACAAAAGGCCUUCGAGCAGAAAAGAAGCUCGGAGGUUACAACACAACAAUUUCCUAGAGGAGGACUCUGCCGAGCAGCAGUUUUCCGACAUGGCUUGUGAUGAGACAGAUCUCACAGACAAGGUUCUGUUUUUGGAGCAGCGAAUCAGCGAGCUUGAGCGAGACGCAGCCACCACCAGCGAACAGCAGAAUCGACUUCGACAAGAGAACCUCCAGUUGUUACACAGGGCGAAUGCUCUAGAGGAGCAGCUUAAAGAUCAGGAGCUGCAAUCUGACGAGGUACAAAGCGAAGAAAUCCGAAAACACCGAGACGAGCUCCGCAAAAUGGAGCGAGAUAACGGCUACCAGCUCAGCAGCCUUAAAGCCAGAGUGCAAGAACUGGAGAAUGAGAAUUCAGAGCUGCACUCUCAGGUACCAGAUAUAAAGGCAACAGUCCAACGACUGGAAGAGGAGAAGCAGAAGCUGCAGGAUGAGGUUGAAGUCCUACAGGGCCAGGUGAAGGAGCAGUGUGAAAUGAACCAGAAACUGAGCGGACAGCUGAGCAAGGAAAAGCAUAAUCAGCAGUCUCAUAUGGAGAGGUGCCAAGAGGUGAUUGAGGAGCUUCGGCGAGAACUGGAGCAAAUGCAGCUGGUGCGUCUGGAUAUGGAGCACAGACUGGGGUUGGGCAACAGCGCCGCCCUGCAGGAAUACAACAGCCGAACACGGGAGGCGGAGCUAGAGCAUGAAGUGCGGAGGCUUAAGCAGGAGCAACGAGCCCUGAAGGAACAAAACGAAGAGCUUAAUGGACAGAUCAUAAACCUCAGCAUCCAAGGAGCCAAAAACCUAUUCUCCACAACGUUCUCAGACUCAUUAGCAGCUGAAAUUAGCAAUGUCUCCAGGGACGAGCUUAUGGAAGCAAUUCAGAAGCAGGAAGAGAUCAACCUUCGCCUGCAGGACUACAUCGACCGCAUCAUUGUAGCUAUCAUGGAGACCAACCCAGCCAUCUUGGAAGUGAAAAUACAUUAGCAUCAUCAGCUCUGUUGUUAUAGAGCAGGAACGAUCCUGCCCAUGAUCCCUAAACCAGAGGAGGCAGGUCCGGAGCCCUGGACAAAUGCCGACCCCAGCUCCAAAGCUUUGACAUGGCAGGCUCUGGUUGAGAGAAGAUGUUUGACCUUCUUGUCAUGCUUCCAAGACUUUCAGUUGUAUGAAAAUUGCACAUGCAGAACCUGCAACUCACUGCUCUUCACGGUGGAUGAGACGAAAACCUCAAGUGUUGUCUCAAAGCCUAAGCCUUGGCUCCAGAACUCACUGAGACCCAUUGUGCCAUCGCUAUUGUAUGCACUACCCACGGAGCAGCACACAUGAGUAGUACUAUGCACAAUGCAAGCGGGAAUCCUGCACACAGAAGAGAGUUUACAUAUCAGUAGUACUAUAUCCCAUGAGCAGGCAGGUAAUAAGUACUGUACCGUGGUAUUACAGCUGUGCACAUAUAACAUGACUUCUAAACACUACUGGGGUGAUGUAAUAAUCUGCUCCAGGUCUGGUAACCCUUAGCAGCCAAUCAGGCUUUCAAAUAGGUGAGCUACUUGAUUGGUUGUUCUGGUUUGUACGCCUGGUGGAAGCGACUUCUGUUACAUCACCCCAUCUUUGACCAGGGGAACUGGCAGUUUAUAGCUGACGUAUCAUUGCUGCUUUAAGGACUCUGGUAGCAGUACUUAAUAUAGAGAAAUUGCUGUAUUCCAUAGAGCAAAUGCACACAGGGGGUGCACACGGUGAGACACUGUAUCAGUGCCUAGCAUAGCUUCCAGCAACCUCCCACAGCACAUUCCUCUUGUCUCUGUUGUACCCUGCACUUUCUUGUAAUGACUAGUAUUUUGUCCACCAUCUCCAAGCUUAAACUGAUCAGCAGAGGCAUCUGCUCGUGAAGGAUUCACUGUAUAUACAAAGUGCAGAAUACAUCUAUAUUUAUAUCUCUCCCAUAAACAACACGCAGCGGCAGUUUCAGCACGAUAUAUAUAUAUCUAUAUAUGUUGCACACACUGAUGAGAUUGGCCAAUUCAGAAAAGUGCCUUGUAAUUGGCCAAUCGCGACCCAUUUGUUGUUAGCCAUAUCAAUAGUGUUAUUAAGAAAUAAUAUAUGACUAUACAUAUAUUUAAUAUUUGUAUGUGAUAUUUAUAAAGGCUACAGAACAAGGUUUGUAGCCUGAUUGGCCCGUAUUUACUUGCCUACCUAACCAAGGAGACUACUAGGCCUACCUAACCUAGAAGCUGAUUGGCUUUCCGGUGCGUUGGGAAUGAAAAAAGCCAGGAUUUUAUCAGUCAAAGUUACACCCAAAGAAUGGAAGUUGGGCCACAACCUUGUUUUAAAUGAUUAUUUUUUAGUUUAUACUUGUGAGCAAAUACAGUAAAAGUCUACACCCCUUUUUAAGCUGCCUAGCUGAGAUGUUGGGAGUUCCAGAACCGAACAUUAGACUGAUGCUCUAGAACCGGCCCCUCCUUGCUCUAAGGCUAUAAGUUAUGGUCUAUGCAGGGAUAGUGUAUGUGCCCGUCCCAAAGGCUUGAACUCUUUGGUGCUGCAUCUGAUGCCUCAUAAAGCCUGUGCUGGCACUGAGAGGGUUAAAAUGAGUUUAACCUGCUGGAGUCUUGUCUAUCUGUUCCUUCAUUCCCUUUCUUUGUCUCUUUUUAUACGCAGACUAAUUCUGAUUUUUAGAGGCUUUUCCAGAAUGUUUCUACACAUAUAUGUAUAUAAGUACAUAGCAGAUAAUAUAUAUAUAUAUAUAUAUAUAUAUAUAAGUAUUGGCAGAUCUGUAAAUAUACAGGGUAUGAAUGAAGGACAGGGCCAGGUCCUCCUGAAAAAUAUACUCCUAUGGUGUAAAGGGAUUUAUUGUGUAAAAUAGUCUCGGCUUUAUCUAGAGCGGUGUGUGUGUGGCCCAAAGCGGCCACCGUAAGUCUUCUGUGGCGUUAGUGCGCAGGGCAGACGGGUCCUAUAGUGGACAUUGUGUAGGUGCUUUCAGAUCACAGAACUAAGACAUCAACAUUAACGUGCGGUAGAACCACUUCUGGUAGUUUCGUCUUUAUCUGAAUCGUGACAAUAGCCAUAAGGACUUUGUAUUGGAAACAUAGAGUAUAAUACACCACUUGGCAGUUUAGUUACGAUUGGCAGUUUAGUUACGAUUGCAGUUCUAUUGCAACCAAUGAAGAAUCUGUGAGCACUGGUCCAACUACAGUACUUAACUUCCUUGAUUGGCUAAGUGGUUUAAAGGAGAACUAAACAUCAACAAAAGAAUCACGUUAGAAAUCCAGCGCGUUUUGGACUACUGUACUAGCCCAAGGCCACCACAACCCUUUAGCAUUGCCUUCAAAGAUACCCUCAAAAAUCCCCAUCUUCUUUACUGGCCAUUCGUAGCACAUGCUCUGGGCUGCUGAGUUUGUACCCAAUCAUAAUAUACAGUACAGGUAAGGGAUCUGUUAUCAGGAAACCCAUUAUCCAGAAAGGUCUGAAUUACAGAAAGGCCAUCUCCCAUAGA